ACAACCUAUCUGGAGAUAGACGAACCUAUCAUUGUGUACGUACAUACUGUACUGUUUUGUGGACAACGUACUCGUUGUUAUAACUGUCUUUCUGUUUGAUAUUAAGAAAAUAUAGAGGCAUAUUUGUACUAAUUUAUCAAAAUCUUACCCAAGAGAUGGGUCGUGGCGGCCAAGGAUCACAGAAGCUCAGAAUUUCCUGGAGUGAAAUAGAACAGCAUAAAACAAAGGAUGACAGGUGGAUUGUGAUUGGUGGAGAAGUUUAUGAUGUAACUGCCUGGUCCAAUAAACAUCCAGGAGGCUCAAGACUCAUAGGUCAUUAUGCUGGCCAAGAUGCAACAGAAGCUGUUGGUGCAUUUCACAACAAUGAGACACAAGUGAAGAAGUACCUUAAAACUAUGCAUGUUGGAACAGUAGAAGACAAUGUGGAGUUGGACAUUGCUAAAGACUUCAGGAAACUUAAGGAGGUUUCAAAAGAAAUGGGCUUAUAUAAACCAAGUUACACAUUUUAUGCGGCAAUUCUUGGACAUAUUGUGUUACUUUUGGUUUUGGCAUAUUGGAUGUUGCAGUGGUUUGGCAAUACAUGGUGGAGCAUUACAGUUUCACUCAUUCUCUUUUCUACUGCUCAGGCACAAGCUGCUUGGACACAACAUGACUACGGGCAUUUAUCUGUUUUCAAGAAUUCCAAGAUUGACCAUUUCUUCCACCAUCUUACAAUGGGCGUUAUCAAAGGUGCUUCAGCCCAUUGGUGGAACCAUAUGCAUUACCAGCAUCAUGCUAAACCAAAUAUAAUUGAUAAAGACCCAGAUGUGAGAAUGGACAGGUUGUUUGUAGUAGGAGAUGUUAUGCCAGUAGAGGUUGCAAAAUCCAGAAAGAAAAGUAUGCCUUUCAAUUGGCAACAUAGGUACUUCUUUGCAUUGGGACCACCAUUGCUGUUUCCAGUUUACUUCCAGUCUAUGCUGUUCAGACAUUUGUACACUAGGAAACUAUGGAUGGAAUUAACAAUAGCUGUAUCGGCAAUGGCGUAUUUCUUCUACCUCUUUAUACCUAUGUUGGGUGUGGCAGGAAGCAUAGCGUAUUUCUUCACUGUCAGGUGUAUUGAAAGCCAUUGGUUUACAUGGGUAGCCCAGUCCAACCAUUUACCGAUGAAUAUAAAAAAUGACGAGGCUAAUCCAUGGUUAAAGCUGCAGAUACAUGCAACAUGUAAUGUAGAGAAGUCUUUCUUUAAUGACUGGUUCACGGGACAUCUCAACUUCCAGAUUGAACAUCAUUUGUUUCCAACGAUGCCUCGGCAUAACUUAUAUAAGAUUGCUCCUUUGGUGCGAAGUCUGUGCGAGAAACAUGGUGUACCGUAUACUGUGAAACCCUUGUGGCAGUCCUUUGUGGAUAUUAUCAGAACAUUAAAGUCUUCUGGGGAGCUGUGGGAAGAAACCUACAAAGAAUUCCAUAGUGGCUGAUUUUGAUAAAAUGUUUGUUUAAGCCUUUUUCCUGCCCUUUGCGGUCACAAUUAUAUUAAUAGUGUUAACUGUGUCACAAAAUCAAUCAUGCUCCUAUUCAUUCAGACCCUUUGUCUGAAAUUUAUUGUUUAACUUAUGGAUGUAAAAUUCUCAGUUUCCUCUGUUUGCUAUAAUAUAAUAAUGAAUUGGACUUUUUGGUUUGGUUUUGUUAUAGUAGAAUCACUUUAAGCUAGCAACUUUGUCAAAAUUUAACUACAAAUAGUUAAAUGUACUGAAAGUACCAAAAUUACAGUUCCAUGAUAAAUUAGGUUUAAGUGAAAUAAAAAGAUGGCUUUAUUUCCUAUUUGAGAUACUCUGAAAUUGUAUGUACAUGGUUCGCACAGGUCUUGAAAAGUACUUGAAUUUGAUGCCUAGUACUUGAAAACUACUUGAAUUUGAAACUGCCAAAAACUCCUUGUAAAGUACUCGAAUUUUGAAAAAAACGAGUAAAUUUUGAUAGAUUGUCCUUGAAUUGAUGUUCUGCGAAUAGAAAAUCAGAAAAAAAACCAAAUCAGACCAAAAUAUCGAAAAAAAGAUGAACAAAUGACAGACCCUUACCGACGAGUAAAUGAUAGUACGGUACGGUAUCGGGACGGGUUUUAGUACUCUAAAUGCAAUUAUCCGGGUUAUUGUCGCGAUGUUUAUUUUGUAGAAAAUCGACAGAAUUCGUCAUGAGUAAAAGAAAUAAAUCCGACAAAUGCGAUUUUGUAGUCCUUGAAAAUGGGGAAAACAUCCUUGAAAAGUACUUGAAAAGUACUUGAAUUUUGUUUUGAAAGUUCUGUAUGAACCAUGAAUUGUAUUCCUCCUUCUUUCCUCUGAUUUAUUGGAAGUGAACAAACUGAUUAUUUAUUUGUCUGUCUGUCUUGUCUGUUUAUAGUUAUAAAGAUGAAGGAAAUCAGUUUGUCUUAUAUUGCGCAAAGUGCUAUUUAUAAUAUACAUUGAGAUUUAUUUUUCAUAAAAUUGUUGUUAUUAUUAUUUCUCUAUGCUCUGUAAUAUGAACAUACCUUGGUACUACUCAAGAUGUGUUCUUGCAAUGACCAUUGUGUUAGCUAUUUUCUUGCCUCCCUAUAUAUGAUAAUCAUGCUCAGAAUUGAAAUUUUGACUGUCUUUAAAGAUAGGUUUAGGUGAACAAUCAAUUAAGUGAUAGUUAUCAACUUGAGUGCAGGAGGAAGAGUUGAAUGUUGUUUUAUUUUGUAUUGUUAUAGUUACAGUUACACAGUCCAACAAAUAAAUACAAUGCUCUUAUUUUCAUGUUAGUAUUUAAUGAAUAUAAGAUAGAGAAAUAUUUCUUCCCUUUUUUUGUUUUUCACAAUCAUCUCAUUUUGACCAUAGUUUUUGCUGUAAGUAAUUUAGCAGUGUUAGUUUGGUAUUGUAAACAUGUUCUGUUAAUCAAAAAACACAGUUUUAUAGUCAGAAAACUGUUUAAAGUUUGCAUAAUGCAUAAUACAUAUUAUGGUUAUAAGUUACUUUAGGUUGGGUAAUUUUCAUGUAGGUCUUAUCUAGCAAUCUUAUUCACCGUGUUAACCCUUACCCUGCUAAAUUUCUAUAUAAUGAACUUGUCCAUCUUUCAGUUUGGACAGUACCAUUAACUACUUAAAGGGGUGUUUACUAAACAGAUACUUAAGGACAUGGUACAGAUUGAUAUUUCUUGCACAGGAUUUUGCCGUGUUUUAGCAGGUGCUGGAAAAACUUGUCUUACACUCCGGGGUGUAAGAUGACUCACAUGCUGUAAUUUGAUGAAUGAGUGCGUAAAUUCAUACGCUGCUGUAAUAUAAUAGUGCUUAAGAGAAAAGCAUUUUUUUUUCUUCUAUCAGUUAAAGAAUAAGGCAUGCAAGAAAAAGAAUCUAUCACUAGUUGAAGAUAUGGAUGGAAAUAUCUGGCUCUCUUAUAACUAUUUUGCAGUAACUCAGCAGAGCCUCAUUACAGCCUAAACAGUUACCCAUUGAGUCAGAUAUUUUCAGCAGCACCUUCUACUAGUGAAAGAUUCUUAUAUCACCAAUAAUUUGAGUAUAUGAGUGGCAUUAUACGGGAAUAUUAGCAAAAAUAAAACCAUAAAUGCAUCCCAAUCUACAGUAUUGCUAUGUUUAGUUACUAAUUUUAGUUUAGUGUUGUAGUUCUCUUAGAUGUCUUCUUGUUUGUUAAUUUAUCUUUGUUUACUUUUUUUUCUAAUCUUGCUUCAAAAUUGUUUUCAACUGUUUUCAAAGGAAAUAAAAAAUAUUUAAAUUUUUGAAAGUUGAAGGAUUCUUUUUGGCAACAAAUACUGUAAAAAUUGUGUAACUUUAUUACACAAUCAAACUUAAGACUGAUGGAUAAGUUAGCAACUUACUUACGGAAAAUUUGAAUUUCAAAAUAGCAUGAUUGAAAUUAAAGCAGUAAUCAAAAUAAAAAAUGUAUUCACUAAGGUAAUGGAGCUGUUACGACAGGCAAUUUUCGUACAACUUUGUAUUAUCAUCUGUUAUCUUGGCAUUCUUUGACUGUAAAUGUAACUCAUAUAAAUUGUGAUUUCUGUAAUUGAAAAUGCAGAAAUCACAUACGUAAAUGAAAGAAACGUAAUCCAACGGAUAUAAGUGAUUGUCGUUUCGGGUCCAUUACCUUAAUCGGACAGGAGAUAAAUAGCAACCUUAGAAAUAUAACUAGAAUAUUGAGGUUAUAUUUUUACCUUUUUUUUACUUGCAUUGACAUAUCAAAUGUUCAAACAUAGUAUAUAAUUAUGUGCAUUCGUUAUUUUUAUUUUACAUUUUUUUGUCAUAACUUAUCUGGGUAAUAAGUGGUUUAAAGUCAGUGUUGUACAUUACCGGUGCAUUAAUUCAGCUAUUGCUAUUAGUUUCAUAUAUUGCAUAUUGUCAUGCCAACAUAUGGACCAAAAAUAUGACAGAGGUAUGAGCCUCAGCAUAAAAUUUGGUACGACAUAUAUCUCCUUGUAGUCUAAAAAUACAGAAUAGUGAUCAGUUUUGAUUUUUUGAACUACUUCUUGUCAGUUUACAUCGUAUAUUUAUUUCCCAGGUGUCUAAAGCUUUAAUAGUAGUCUAAGGUUUUCAAUUGUGAUAUAAAAUAGGGGGAAUUUACGUUUAUUUCAUAUUGUGUUCCUAAUGUAUCGUGUGAGAUAAUAGUGAUUUUUGUUUCUUGACAUAUCAUAGCCAUUGUCGUCUGUUCUUUAUAUGUUAGACCAAAAUUAAUAUUUAAAAAUAUGAAUAAUUACUGCAUAGUAACUAUGUAAACAUAAAAUUAACACGUUUGUGUGUGUAAACUGUACUGUGUAUUAGGCUUAAAAUAGUACACACCUAAUACAUAUAUGCCUAAUGUAUUCUACCACAAAAAUAACUGGAAGUUUUUUUUUAACAAAAUAUGGCAUUUAUUUGUGAUUGUAGGUCUAAAACACAGUUAAUUUAAUAUGUAUUCAGUUAAGUUAAAUUUACUGGAUGAUGAUUUUCUUUAUUUAAAGAUAAUAUUUGAAAAUAAAGUAUUUUAUAGAAAGACAUGCAUUUAAUAACUUUAAAUUAAUAUCAUGAUAUAUAUCUGGAAUCAAGUCUGUCUAAAUCAUGUUUCAAAAUUGAUAUGUCAAUGAAUUCUGACAAGAGCAGGUGACAUUCUUUGUCACAGUUAUAAAUAGCUUUGAAUUUUGGCAACUACGACAGUAGUCAUGUUUUUCAGAAAAAUAUUAAAUUUUUACCUUUAUAGUAUUGCAGAGAAAUAUUUUGUUAGCUUCUGAACAAAACAGUUUUUCAGAUACUGAAACGCUGUUCAUUUAAUAAUUUAUAUAAUUAUAUUAACUUUGAUAGUUAUAUUAUAAAUGUUAGGUACAUACCUGUUCUUGUACUCAUUUGUCAUGGAAAAUUAAUGUCGUUUUUAUUGUUAAUUUAUUUUGUUAUCAGUUUCUUUCUAUUAAAUAUGUUUUUGUAGAAGGACCAAUUUGCGUAGAGAAUAUUUUACAGUGUUUGCUUUUUACAUACGUUUAGUAUGGCUUACCAUCUAAAGCAUGUUAAAUCAGUCGUAUCUGUAGUAAAGCUUUUGCAGCAGUUGGGACCAAUUCGUUUUUUUGCCUGUCUGAUUAAGGUGCCAUUACAGUUUUGGUACAUUUUAUGUUCACUUUCUCUACACAGCCAUACAGAAUUAUUUUUGCUUUGCGCAUAUAGUUUUUUUUACACAUUUGAUUAUUUAUCAUGUUUAUCAUGUUUAUGUAUUUGUUGAACAAGUGUUUUUACAUAAGUUUCAGCUAAGUUUCAGCUUGGCAGGAAGGUAAUGUUUUGUACUCAUCAUGGCACCGCCUUUGCUUCUAGAUUAAAUAUUUAUGGCAAGGUUCUCAACUGCACUAUUCUCCUGCCUCUGUUAUCAUCAAGUUUCUCUUGGUGUUUGAGUCAGAUAUCCCAAAGGUCAAGGUCUCUGGGGUUAGUUGUUGUUAGUGCUGUUAAAUAUUUAUGGCAAAAUUGUCUGUUUGACUUAACUUUUUUUAAAUUUUUACACUGAGGAGGUAUUGAUUUUUUCUAGAGAACAAUUUAGAAUGAAGGAUCUUUGUUUCAUGGCAACAUUUUCAAGUAUUCUCAGUUAUUUUUGAAGAAAAGGCAACAAUAUAAAUACAAUAUAAAAGCACUUUUUUAUGUAUGAAUUGUGUUCCUUAGAUUAAAUGUAAACUACCAAGUUUUGUUCACUUUUUUUAAAAUUUAUUUCGUAUAUUGCUUGUCAAUUGCUUUGUGCAGUUUUUAAUGCCUUUUUGUUGUACAAGUCUACCAUAUUUGCUUCCCAAUCUAUUGCUGCUUUAUACACAUUGUCCUAGUGAGUAUAGGGCACUUUUGUAAUGGGCAAUUAUUAAUUUUGUAUGACAUAUCAAAAUUUAAAUAUACAAGUUUUGCAAACAUGACAUGCUUUUUAUACAUCGUUUUUGUUAAGACUUGAUUAAAAUGGGCGUAUCUCGUGAUUUAUAUUGCAGUUUAAUAGGAUUCUUAUGUGGGACGCAUUAAGCUUCAACUAGAAGUAGUAGUCAGUAAUAAGGGCAUAUUGUGAAAAAUUCAUAUCUAUGCAUUGUUAAGGAAUAACUUGUAAAUUUUGGAAGUUGUUUACUAAAAUCAUAUAACCAAAGCCCCACAAAAAAUAAUCUUAAUGUGGAACAGGAAAAUGACACCCUGAUGAUCUAUUUUAUUCACGAAAAUAUCGAAUUUAUCACGAAAGUAUUUAUCAGCUUAUAAUAAUAUUUUUCAAUAAAAUGUAAGUCUUAUUCAUUUAUGAUAAAAUUAUACAAUAUUGCACAUAUAAGUUAUGUUUUUGGUUGGACAUUCUGUUAAUGAUAAUUGUGUAAAAUAUAGAAAAAAACGUGCAGUGUAGCACUUCAGAAUGAAUUAGCAAAAUAUUUAACAAAAGCAUUGUCAGAUGUACCCAUUUAACUAGAAAACAUAUAUGGUGCAGAUAGUUAUUUGUAUUUGUUACUGGUUAAUUUUGGUGCCGCUUCUAUAGUUAGUGAUUGAUAUUUUUUGUAUGUUAAUUGAUUUAAGUAAUGCACAUUCAGUAUGUUAAUUGAUUUAAGUAAUGCACAUUCAGUAUGUUAAUUGAUUUAAGUAAUGCACAUUCAGUGCAAUACAGUUGAAACUCAGUAUCUUGAAUUCCAAUGGAUCGAGAGUUACUUCGAGAUAUCCGAAAUGUUACUUAAAAUUAUGCAUUUUAUGCACAUGUUUUCAGUACGGGACUUGAAAAUAUCUUCGAGAUAGCCGUAAUAUUGAGAUAAGCAAGUUUCAGCUGUAUCUGAAUCAUUUUCAAAGUGUACAACUCCUUUUGUUUAGUAGAUCGUUUUUUUAAUAGAAGUUCAGUACAAACACUUGAUGUUCUUAGCUGUAACAACAAAUUAACAGUCUUAUAAAUGUGCAUGUUAUUUAAAGUGAUUACAUGUAUGCAGCAAAUGCAAUGUAACUAAGUAAUCAUAGAGGUGCAAACAAAUAAAGUGUUACUUUAGAUGUAUCUUGAUUACUCACCCAAUAUUUCAUGCUCUUUUGGUAUUAAUUGGAUGUUGUAUUUGCUUAUUGUAAUUUGCUGUGACUUUCAUCCACCUAUUUAGGAGCUGGAACAGAUGAUAUGAAAUAUGAUUUGAUUUGGAACUUUAGUUUAUGUUGCCGAUAAGUAUUUCUUUUUUGGAAACGUUUUUAGCUCGACUAUUCAUAGAAUAGUGAGCUAUUGCACUCGCCCAUGCGUCGGCGUCCGCGUCGGCGUCCGCGUCCGCGUCCCGAUUUUGGUUAAGGUUUUGUAUGUAAGCUGGUAUCUCAGUAACCACUUGUGGGAAUAGAUUGAAACUUCACACACUUAUUCACUGUGACAAACUGACUUACAUUGCACAGGUUCCAUAACUCUUUUUUGCUUUUUUACAAAAUUAUGCCCCUUUUUCGACUUAGAAAUUUUUGGUUAAGGUUUUGUAUGUAAGCUGGUAACUCAGUAACCACUUGUGGGAAUGGAUUGAAACUUCACACACUUAUUCACUGUGAUGAACUGAUCUACAUUGCACAGGUUCCAUAACUCUAUUUUGCCUUUUUACAAAAUUAUGCCCCUUUUUCGACUUAGAAAUUUUUGGUUAAGGUUUUGUAUGUAAGCUGGUAUCUCAGUACUUACUAAUGGGAAUGGAUUGAAACUUCACAUACUUGUUCACUAUCAUGAUCUGACAUGCACUAAGCAAGUCCCAUAACUCUACUCUCUUUUUUUUCAAAAUUAUGCCCCUUUUUCGACUUAGCAGUUUUUGGUUAAAUUUUUGUAUGUAAUCUGAUAUCUCAGUAUCCACUAAUUGGAAUGGAUUGAAACGUCACACACUUGUUCACUGUCAUGAUCUAACAUGCACUGUGAAGGUCCCAUAACUCUACUUGGCAUUUUUACAAAAUUAUGCCCCUUUGACUUAGCAGUUUUUUGUUAAGUUUUUGUAUGUAAGCUGGUAUCUCAGUAUCCACAAAUUGGAAAGGAUUGAAACUUCACACACUUGUUCACUGUCAUGAUAUGACAUGCAGUACAGAGGUUCAAUACCUCUACUUUGCAUUUUACAAAAUUAUGCCCCUUUUUCAACUUUUGUAUUCAUUCAAUUGACAAGGCUGUUGAAUAGUCGAGCGUUGCUGUCCUCCGACAGCUCUUGUUCUAUAUAGAAAUUGUGAAUUUUUAGCUCGACUAUUCAAAGAAUAGUAGAGCUAUUGGACUCACCCGUGCGGCGGCGUCCGCAUCGGCGUCCGCGUCCCGAUUUGGUUAAGUUUUUGUAUGUAAGCUGGUAUCUCAGUAACCACUAAUGGGAAUGGAUUGAAACUUCACACACUUGUUCACUGUCAUAAACUGACUUACACUGCACAGGUUCCAUAACUCUAUUUUGCUUUUUUACAAAAUUAUGCCCCUUUUUCGACUUAGAAAUUUUUGGUUAAGGUUUUUUAUGUAAGCUGGUAUCUCAGUACCCACUAAUGGGAAUGGAUUGAAACUUCACACACUUGUUCACUGUCAUGAUCUGACAUGCACUGUGCAGGUCCCAUAACUCUACUUUGCAUUUUUUUCAAGAUUAUGCCCCUUUUUUGACUUAGCAGUUUUUGGUUAAGUUUUUAUAUGUAAGCUGGUAUCUCAGUAUCCACUAAUUGGAUUGGAUUGAAACUUCACACACUUGUUCACUGUCAUGAUAUGACAUGCAGUGCAAAGGUUCAGUAACUCUACUUUGCAUUUUUUCAAAAUUAUGCCCCUUUUACAACUUAGCAGUUUUUGGUUAAAUUCUUACAUGUAAGCUAUUAUCUCAGUACCCACUAAUGGGAAUGGAUUGAAACUUCACACACUUGUCCACUGUCAUGAGCUGAUAAGCACUCUGCAGGUUCCAUAAGCCUGUUUCCCAUUUUUAGAAAAUUAUGCCCCUUUUUCGACUUUUGUAUUCAUUCAAUUGACAAGGCUGUUGAAUAGUCUAGCGUUGCUGUCCUACGACAGCUCUUGUUACUUAUAGGCAACACAUUUAUUACUCAGAGUUUCAGAAUUAGUGAUAUAUUAAUUGUUAUCAUAAAUGUUGGACCAGCCUAUCUGUAAAGAAAGAGUUCGUUUUAAGAUUUUCAUUUUUAAUAUAUUUACCUUUUUGUUAAUGGCUUUUUAUUGGUCAUGAUCUUGUGGAUACUUAAGCUCGUAUAAAGUUCAGAUCCUUUGUGUAAAAAAAAAUCGUCAGUUUGUUAUUUUGUCGGCAGGUUUUCUUGAUAGCAGUAACCUUUUUAAGAAUGCGUAAUAUCACACUAUAGUAAGUUGCAACUUGUUUAUUAACACUCCUCUUUGUCAAUGCUUUUGGUUUGAUGUCACGACUUGUUAUAUAAAUGCAUAUAUAAUCAAUGCAGAGUUUGUUAAUUGUUACUAUGAUGAUAUAGAUGUUGAUUUGGUAAAUGAGAAUUACCAAUUAAGACAUGAACUUGAAGAAAAAUGACACAAAACAGAGUUGAACUGAGAAGAAAGGUUUCAGUCUGAAUUAUACUUACAUGAUGAUUUUACAUAUUCCUGGUAGAAUUUGACUUGAUGAGCGCUAACAAAACGAAGGAAUAAGAUAAAUUUGACAAAAGUAUGAAUUCAUAUUAGUGUAAAAUGCAGUUUUUAACAUAAGAACUUUUCAUUAAAAGAUAGAAAGCAAAGGAUUUGAAAACAUAUGAAAAUGAUUCACUUUAUGAAAACGAGGCCUGUUCCUGCAGGGUUUAAAUAUCUUUUGCCACAAAAGAUACAGAUGACCUGUUUUAUAUCUUGGCUGCAAACUUGUUUUGAAAGUAAUUAAUUAAGCAAAACAACAUUUACUAGGACUUGUGUCAAUACUGGCAUGUUAAUAUACAGGAAUAUGUAACAAACGAUACUAUUUUCUGAUACUUUCGUGACUGGUAUGUUUCAGUUCUUGAUUUCAUUUGUGAUAAAAAGUGAUUAAAAUCAAAUUGCGGAAUUA